AUGUCAUUCUCUUCCUCAGGUUUCGGAUCCUCUCGACGAUUGCGUGCUCCUUCUGCUGGCUCUCAUUCAAGUCCGCGACUUAUUCCUGGCUGCUCCGACUCUGUCGAUGGCAUCUCCAAUGCCAACUCGGAGGUGAACUACGGUUCUUUUCGAGGACACCAGGAAGGGCACAGCACAACACUUAGUCCGGCUAUUGCUUCCGGCCAACGAGAGCCCACAAGAUCUUCUGUCCAUCUCUCCUACCGAGGAGCCCUAGCUCCAAUAGAUAGUGCGCAGCAUGCCCGCAGUGUUCGAGAAGACACAGCAGAGCUCGCUUCAUAUGCUCUCUCAGACAAAACAUCAGUGCAAAGCGCCUCUCCACGGCAACGAUCAGGACAGACGCAACUCGAAUCUUACUUCGCUCAAGGACCUGAAGAUGAGAGCAGGCUUGGGGAAGGAUUACACCGACACGCCAUAGCAGAGGUCUCGGAGCCAGUCUCGCCGGAAGACGGGCCAACGUCUCGAUCCCAAGGGAAGUCUGCUCUCACAAACAUGUUGAAGCGGUCCCCGCCCAGCACCUCGCCGCCGCAGGUGGAUGAAGAUCAUAAUGAUAAGCCAAUCCCUGCGGCUGAUGGAAACGAGGAUGACCAGGAGCAGAGACGUCUUAUUAUAACACCGAAUGGUGUCACAGUUGAUGCGUCGGAAAGGACACCAUUUUUAAGGAAGGAUACCGCCUUCGAAACCCACCAUCCAGACUGGAUUCGUGGGCAACAGGAUCUCGAAAGACAAGAAGUACGGCGUCGAGUUUCCUGGCCCAAGCUCCGCAACGUUGUUCGUUGGCCCAAGGAGAAGGUCAUAGAUAUUGCCCGUACUGUCUUGAGCCCCAAGAGUUGGGAUCGGAAGGUAAUUGUGCAGAAAGCUGUGAAGGAACCUUUUGGAUACCUGCCAGCCGUAAUCCUUGGCCUCUUAUUAAAUAUUCUUGACGCCCUGUCCUAUGGAAUGAUUUUGUUUCCCCUAGGGCAACCCAUCUUCGAGAAGCUUGGGUCUGCUGGCAUUUCAAUGUUUUAUAUCAGCUGCAUCAUUUCACAGCUAGUAUAUUCUUGUGGUGGGAGCAUAUUCAAGGGUGGCAUUGGUUCAGAAAUGAUCGAAGUCGUUCCUUUCUUCCACAAGAUGGCUUUUACAAUCAUGGCCAAGGUCGGCGAAGACAAUCCGCAGGCAGUGAUAGCCACUACCAUUGUCUCCUACGCCAUCAGUUCCAUUAUAACCGGCCUAGUUUUCUUCCUCAUGGGAACUUGUGGCUUUGGAUACAUAGUUGGUUUUAUCCCGAGACAUAUCCUCAUCGGCUGUAUUGGGGGUGUUGGGUGGUUCUUGGUAGCCACAGGAUUCGAGGUGACUGCCCGCUUGGAUGGUAAUCUCAAUUACGAUGGCGCAACACUGCGGAAGAUGUUCGAUCCAGCUAGCUUGAUACUUUGGGUCAUUCCGUUCUUUCUCGCUGUGAUCCUAUAUUGGUCACAACACAAGAUCACCUCGAAGUAUUAUCUCCCUGCCUACAUCUUGACGAUCCCGGCCGUUUUCUACUUUUUCGUGUUCUCCAUGGACCAAUUAGAUCCAGGGAAGCUCAGAGAAACCGGUUGGAUAUUCAACGGACCAGAAGCUGGUGAACCGUGGUGGUAUUUUUACACGUUAUACGAUUUUAAACUCGUGCACUGGAACGCGAUUCUAGACACUGUGCCUGCCAUGUUUGCUUUGACAUUCUUUGGCAUCCUCCAUGUGCCUAUUAACGUUCCCGCGCUUGCCUUCAACAUUGGAGAGGACAACUGUAACCUGGAUAGAGAACUGAUUGCCCAUGGAGUGUCAAAUGUUCUCUCUGGAUUUGCAGGCAGCAUUCAAAAUUAUCUUGUUUAUACCAACAGUGUUCUGUUUAUCAGGACUGGCGGUGAUGGCCGCUUGGCUGGAAUCAUGCUCGCUAUCUUUACAGGAGGCGUUUUGAUGAUUGGUCCUGUCAUCAUUGGAUAUAUUCCAGUCAUGAUGGUGGGUGUAUUAAUCUUCGUUCUCGGAUUUGAGCUGUUUCUUGAAGCAGUUUGGGAGCCUAGGAAGAAGCUUAAGUUGCUUGAAUAUCUUACAGUUGUGGCCAUCGUCCUCAUCAUGGGUGUCUACGACUUCGUCAUUGGUAUCUUCAUUGGCAUCGGUCUUGCAUUCAUAACUCUUGUCGUGCAGACAUCCAGGGUUCCGGCUGUACGAGCCUCAUAUUCCGGUGAAAUCGCCGGAUCGACUGUCCGAAGAAACCCUGUGCAAUACCGCUAUCUGCGAGAAGUAGGACAACAAAUCCAUGUGACGAAGCUCGCUGGUUAUUUGUUCUUUGGCACCAUAGUCAGUGUGGAAGAGCGAAUUCGAGCACUGAUAGAAGAUGAGACGUUCCACGAACGGCCUAUUCGCUUCCUGAUCUUUGAUCUUUAUCACGUCACCGGAAUUGACUAUUCAGCUGCGGAGGCUUUCAAUAGGAUCAACAGGGUCUUUGGUAGAAAAGGCGUCACUUUGGUCAUGAGUGGCGUUGACCCGGAAGGACCACUGGGUCUUAGCCUCCAAGCUGUAGGCCUGGGUCAAGAUGGACAUGAAGUGAUGCUCUUCGAAGAUCUUAAUUCGGCUCUUGAGAGCUGCGAGAACGAGUUAUUGAAGACUUUUUAUGCUAAUAAAGAAGCUCGCACAAGUCGCAACGCCCCUUCGACUUAUCUUGACGUCCCAGAUCAGGAUCGUGGUAGGCCCACGCAUACUUUCGACACUCAAUUUAGUUCACCACGGCGAAACCACCUUCACAAGGUCGCCACAAAGACACUGGACGACAAUCCUUCAGAUACACGAUAUAUGAACUUCAAGGAGCCGCUCCGAUUGAUUUUACGGACUUUUCAAGGGCUAACUGAGAAGAACGAAGACUUCUGGUUUCGAGCCGUUCCGUUUUUCGUUAAGAAAGAAUACCUCGCUGGUACAAUACUCUUUCGCCGUGGUGAAUCAGCGAAGGGGUUUUAUCUUCUAGAAGAUGGCAUUCUUCGAGCUGACUACGAAUUGCCUCAAGGUCGCUAUUUCGAGAGCAUAGUCGCAGGGACCACCUGUGGGGAAUUGCCAUUCUUCUCAGAGACCGAUCGGACGGCGACCGUGCAAGCUGAACGUAACUGUGUAGCUUGGUUGAUGGACAGGGACCACUGGGAGAAUCUUCAAAAAGCUGACUCUGAAGUAGCCCAAGAACUGCUACGCAUAUCCCUAAAAUUGACGAGCGAGAGGAUGAGCGCCAUCACUUCCUACGUAUUGACAACGGCCGGAUGA